AUGGUCAUAAAAUGUGUGACUAAGGUAGAAGUCGAAACACUUCAAAGAGAGGCGCAAAGAACGCUGAGCAAUGACUAUAACGUCCAUGUUACCAUGCUGAGAUGCCCCAGACUGAAAAUAGUUGAUGUCACACCGGAAAUAUCACUAGACAAUAUUGAGGAUGACCUCAGAAGACAAAAUUCAUAUAUUUUGGAAAGUGAUUACCUUAAGGUAGUCUUUGUGAGGAAUCAUAGUAACAAAAACACUAAAACUAUAUUUUUGGAGUGUUCUUCCGAACUUUUCCAUAAAUGCGUCCGAAAAGGAAGGGUUUAUUUGCAGUGGCAAAACUGCAGAAUUUUCGAGGAUAUUACUGUCCCAAGAUGUUAUAAAUGUCAGGGCUACAACCACAAACGUACUGAUUGUAAAAAUUCUUCGGUAUGUGGCUACUGUAUGGAUGGUCAUGAAACAGAACAGUGUAGUAAACAUUUUAAGAGGUGUGCAAACUGUACUUCUGCCAAAUCUAAAUAUAAAAAAAAUUAUGAUGCCGCUCAUGAAGUCAAUGAUCCUGCAUGUCCUUCCUACAAAUACAUGCUAGAUGUUGUACGGAGCAAAAUAGAUUAUGGAAAGCAAUAA